CUUCCUUCCAGGUAAUUCUGUUCCAGAAAAUGCGCGGCUGGCAACUGCUGCUGCUGUCCCUGUAGUUAGCUCUCUCUACCGGGCCUCCUUCCACUCAGUAUAGCUCACCCACCGACUGCUAGAGAGAAUCCGCAUGCGGAGCCUCAUCGAGCGCACCGUGGUGAAUUUACACUUCAUUUUCUGUCGCAGAAGAGUGGUAUCUAGCAGAAGAGUGGUAUCUACGCUUGCCAGAUUAUUGAAUAUGGAGGUCCAUGUGAAAUAUACAUUUGAUAAUUUUUUUUGUUUUAUGUCUUAAAUAUCAGUGAUGGAUCCAGUCUUUGAAACAGCAUGAAAAUGCAAGUUUUGCAGUUUAUUUUCAUUCGUUCAAGCUGAGCAAAUGCGUCGUGUCUGUUGCAGAAUCUACGGUCUCCUCCAAAUCAGCUCAGGAUUUGCGUAUGAGAAACGCAAACCACAGCGUUCCUAUUGAUCGAACAUUGCGUUUGGCUUGCCUUUAUCCCCAGUUUCGGAUUGAUCCGAUGCACCGGCGUUGGAUGCGACUGUGGAGAACUCCAUAGCUUUCAGCAUGAUUUGAUGUAAAGGGUUUUUCAACAGGGUAACUGGACGUCUACCUUUCUGAAAACAGCUACAUUCAAGUCAAGUGCGAAAGCCAUCGAUAGAUCAUCCCUAUAUGGACUAAACCUUGGCUCCUCGGGAUUUUAAAACUAGUAGGUCACACAUCUUGGUUUCGGCGCUUCUUGGGAAAAUUGCCUUAAACUGCGGGAGCCAUGAAAGUUGUUUCAGCAGUGUUGUUCCUUGCCAUAUUUUGGAGUCAGGAGUGGGAGCCCGUGAAUUCUGAUUCAAUCAUACACAUCGGGGCCAUCUUUGACGAGUCUGCCAGGAAGGAUGACGAGGUGUUCCGCAUGGCCGUGGCGGACCUCAACCUCAACAACGAGAUCCUGGAGACGGAGAAGAUCACCAUCUCCGUGGAGUUUGUGGACGGGAACAACCCUUUCCAGGCAGUCCAGGAAGCCUGUGAGUUGAUGAACAGGGGGAUCCUGGCGCUGGUCAGCUCUAUCGGCUGUAUGUCGGCGGGCUCCCUUCAGUCUCUGGCGGACGCGAUGCACAUCCCGCACCUCUUCAUCCAGCGUGCCACUGCCGGGACGCCUCGCUCCAGCUGCCCCCUCAUCACCACCCGCACCCGCCAGGAUGACUAUACCCUCUUCGUGCGCCCACCCGUCUACCUCAAUGACGUCAUCCUCCAAGUGGUCAGCGAGUACAGCUGGCAGAAGUUCAUCAUCUUCUACGACCAGGAAUACGAUAUCCGUGGGAUCCAGGACUUCCUGGACAAGACGUCUCAGCAAGGCAUGGACGUGUCGCUUCAGAAGGUGGAGUCCAACAUCAACAUGAUGAUUACCAGCAUGUUCCGGACCAUGAGGGUAGAGGAGCUCCACCGUUACCGGGACACGCUGCGCCGGGCCGUGCUCUUCAUGAGCCCCGCCACUGCCAAAGCCUUCAUCACUGAGGUUGUGGAGACGAACCUCGUGGCAUUCGACUGCCACUGGAUCAUCAUCAAUGAGGAGAUCUCGGACCAGGACGUCCAGGAGCUGGUUAUGAAGUCUAUCGGGCGUCUGACUCUGAUCAGGCAGAUCUUCCCCCUGCCCCAGAACACCAGCCAGCGCUGUGUCAAGCACAACCACCGCAUCAACACCUCCCUCUGUGACCCCAAAGACCCCAAGGCUCAGACACUGGAGAUAACCAACCGCUACAUCUACGACACGGUGCUGCUAUUGGCCAACACCUUCCACAGGAAACUGGAGGACAGGAAGUGGCACAGCAUGGCCAGCCUCACCUGCAUCCGCAAGAACUCCAAGCCCUGGCAAGGCGGGCGCCCCAUGCUAGACAACGUCAAAAAGUCUGGAGUGAGUGGUCUGACCGGCUUCCUGGAGUUUACCGACAACGGAACCAACCCCAACAUCUACUUUGAGAUCCUGGGGACCAAUUAUGGCGAGGACAGGGGGAGGGGUGUCAUCAAGCUGGCCACCUGGGAUCCAGUGCAUGGCCUCAAUGGAACACUAACUGACAGGAAGUUGGAGAACAACAUGAGAGGUGUGGUUCUGCGCGUGGUCACUGUGCUGGAGGAGCCCUUUGUGAUGGUGUCAGAGAAUGUCCUUGGGAAGCCAAAGAAGUACCAAGGCUAUUCCAUCGACGUGCUGGAUGCUCUCUCCAACUACCUGGGCUUCAAGUACGAGAUCUACGUGGCCCCUGACCAUAAGUAUGGGAGCCAACAGGCUGACGGGGUCUGGAACGGACUAAUCGGAGAGUUGGUUGCCAAGCGUGCUGACAUGGGUCUCUCGGCUCUCACCAUCACACCAGAGCGGGAGAGUGUGGUGGACUUUACCACGCGCUACAUGGACUACUCGGUGGGCGUGCUGCUCAGGAAGGCUGAACGCACCGUGGACAUGUUCGCCUGCCUGGCGCCCUUUGACCUGUCGCUAUGGGCAUGCAUCGCGGGCACGGUGCUACUGGUGGGCAUACUGGUCUACCUGCUCAAUUGGCUCAACCCGCCGCGCCUGCCCAUGGGCUCCGUCUCCUCCACCACCCUCUACAACUCCAUGUGGUUUGUCUACGGAUCAUUCGUCCAGCAGGGUGGUGAGGUUCCGUAUACCACCCUGGCCACGAGGAUGAUGAUGGGGGUAUGGUGGCUCUUUGCUUUGAUCGUCCUCUCCUCCUACACGGCCAACCUGGCUGCCUUCCUCACCAUCAGCCGUAUCGAGAACUCCAUCCAGUCUCUCCAGGACCUGUCCAAGCAGACAGAGUUGCCCUACGGGACGGUGUUGGACUCGGCUGUGUACGAGCAGGUGCGCAGUAAGGCCAUGAACCCCUUUGAAAGGGACCCCAUGUACUCCCAGAUGUGGCGUAUGAUCAACCGCACCGGAGGGGCCGACAACAACGUGGAGGAGUCCAAGGAGGGCAUCCGCAAGGUGAAGUACGGCCAUUUUGCCUUUGUGUGGGAUGUGGCAGUGCUGGAGUAUGUGGGCAUCAACGAUGAGGACUGCUCCUUCUACACUGUGGGGAACAAGGCACCAGACCGGGGAUACGGCAUUGCCCUGCAGCACGGCAGUCCAUACAGGGACAUCUUCUCCCAGAGGAUCCUGGAGCUGCAGCAGAACGGGGACAUGGACAUCCUGAAGCUGAAGUGGUGGCCCCGGGACAGCCCGUGUGACCUGUACUCUGCGGUGCACACCAAACACCGCGGCAGCGCCCUGGACAUCCACAGCUUCGCCGGCGUGUUCUGCGUGCUGGCAGCGGGUGUGGUGCUCUCCUGUCUCAUCGCCAUGGUGGAGACCUGGUGGACUAGGAGGAAGGGCUCACGAGUCCCCUCCAAAGAGGAUGAUAAGGAGAUCGACCUGGAGCACCUUCACCACCGGGUUAACAGCCUGUGCACAGAGGACGACAGCCCCCACAAACAGUUCUCCACCUCCUCCAUUGACCUGACGCCACUGGACAUGGACUCUAUGCCGGCCAACCGGCAGGCUCUGGAGCAGAUCAGCGACUUCCGAAACACGCACAUCACCACUACCACCUUCAUCCCCGAGCAGAUCCAGACCCUCAGCCGCAGCCUGUCUGCCAAGGCCCAACAGGGCUUCGCCUUCGGUCCCGUGCAGGACCACCGGACUGGGGGGCCCUUCAGGCAGAGAGCCCCCAACGGAGGCUUCUUCCGCAGCCCCAUCAAGACUAUGUCCUCCAUACCCUACCAGCCCACUCCCCAGCCCAACUUCGGCUACGGCAACGACCCAGACCGGGGCACGUCCAUAUGAGGCGAGAAGGAGUAGGCCGCACAGUGAGAGAAAGAUGAAAUUAAACACACUCAAAAAAAUCUAUGUACAUAGGAAUCUUUUUCAGUUCUGAUUUUUUGAGGGGCUUUGCUUUUGUUUGGUGGGGGUUUUCCUGCUGAAACCUGGUGGUGAGAGGAGGUCGGGGACUUGAAUAUUUGCUUUAUUGUCAUCUUUCUCAUGGUUGUCUAGGGAUCUUUUGAGUGUGACGGGGCUCUGUUUUCUCUUUUUCGUUUCAUGGCAUUUGAGGACUGCCUUUCUGAAGAAGCUUUUGGACCCAACAAGGAGGAUAUGUAUUUGUUUUUUACAACAGAAAACACUUUUCUGUUCUUGAGAUCUACAAAUCGGCAACAACCCUAUGCUCAUUUGAAGGAUGUUCUUGUCUUUGCCUUUCACCAUAUGGGACUCCAUCCCACUCAGUUCUCUGGUGUUGAUCAUCAAUGCCUGUACUCCAAAUCUGAAAUCUGCUCCAAAAUGGGUGUCCAUUGGCUCCACUGCCCUGCAGACUGAGACCUCACUGUCUGAGCUUUGGGCACGCUUCGUCAUUUUUGUGCACAUAAGGCUCCAUCAAUUCCACUGCACUGUACCAGUGCCCAUUGACCUGUAUUUGGAUUGUAUGUAGUUUGGAUAUUUUUUUCUCACCUGUACUGUGCUGUCUAUUUCAAGGUGAGCGCCUCAGCCUCUAAACAAACACUUGAGAGAUGCAUAGAGGGACAAAAAGGAACUGAAAAUAUAAGAUAAAAGACAACAGAAAAAGGACUUUAAAAAGCAGCUGAGGCUAUUGUAUGUAUUUUAUUGAAUUUGCUUUCAAAAUCUAUUUCAAUCCGUGGAAUGUGUUUGGUGAGAAAGUCACACAAAAAAAAUGUUUGGAGCUGUCUCAUUGGUUUUUUUUCUACCAAUUUUGAAAAGCGCUAAAUGACUGCUAAUAGUCUUACUCCGGUUUGCAUCAUUAAUCAUAUUCAAAAAACGUUUUUUUUUUUUUUUUUACCUAAUUUGUAGUUCUACCAGGGCUCAGUCAGAAAAAAAGUCACAUUUCAUUCUCCAGUCCACUAACUGACUGUUGUGUACCUGUAAGGGCAAACAGUUGAGCUCAGAGUGAGGAGAACCCCUUUCAGAUAACAUUCACAGUACAAGCCAUAUCAUUGCAGGCUGGCUUCACCUUGCCAGUUUCCUGCUUCAACACGAUUUCUUGCCAUUGGAACUGUAGAGCUGAUGGCAUUCAUUUUGAAAGAUCUUUCCUCAUUUCUUAAAUGUUAAGGGUACUGUUUAUCUAACUUUUUUUUAAAGUGCCAAUUGUUUAAAUGAGGCCAUUUAGGUGCAGUUUGGGGGGUCAAAAAAACAAUAUUUUGUGAAGGGAAAAGUGGAACCUAACCUUUUCACUAACACUGUAUUAAUAUUUAAUAAUGUUUGUUGUUUAGAAUGAGCUUUCAGUUUGUUAUCUUAAGACUAAACCGCAAAUGUUGUGCGUAGAGAACCGAAGCAGUGUUUGAUGCAAGCAUUCUAGAUGUCCUUUUCCUAAGCUACAGUAUGGCUAUUGAAUGACAAUAGGACACAGACAAUGUUUAAAGACAUUUUAUUUACUAUUAAUGACAGACACAUUAUGAAAUAUGUAUAUUUUACAUGUUGAUGCUAUAUUUGUUUAAAAAAUAAUAAUAAUAUAUCAUAUGAGCAUCGAGUUAGCAGUCACCCUAUACAUUUGGUUUCCCUCAGUUCCAGCCCACACAUAAGCUUUCUCAUGUCAUCUUGAGUUCAUUUUGAUUUGCUGGUUAAUAACAGAGGAGGCAAGUUCUUAAAAAGAAGCAUGCACAACUUGCUAUGCCCGUGACAUGUUUUAUUUCAUACAUAGAACGUACAGGAUUACUUGAUCAAUUUUCAACUGAUUAUAAUGUGCAGUAUUUAAUAUAGGCCUAUUUUGUUGUAUAUGUGUUUGCAUAUUAUUCAAACGGAACAAUCUGAGGCCUCUGUUACAAGUGGCAAAGCUUUCUGUGUAUAAUUUGUCUAAUAAACUUGUUUUCUACAGCG